GAAAGAAAAAAUGAAAUUGUUGGGAUUUUUCCAAUUACUGAUACUAUCAACCUUGUUUUGGCUGUUUGCACUCGAGCUGUUGAUAUUCUGCAGCAGCACUACCUUUAUAAAUCUGCUUGAGCUGUUCCAAAUACCCUAUAAGGAGAGGGUUAGUGACUAUGACAUUGGUCUAAGAAGUCAUCGCUGGGAUGAUGAUCGGAUAGCAAGGCUUCUGGAGCAGCAAAUUCGCGUUCAUUGUCUAGUUUAUAUGGAUCGAUCGGACUACAAGUUCGGUGCUCAGAAAGCAAUGCAUGUCCGAAAUAGUUGGGGUCGUCGGUGCAAUCGACUGACCAUUAUCAGCAAAAGGAAUGUCACUCUACUGGAGGCAUAUCGCCAGAUUUAUGUGGACUUUCACAAUCAGUUCGACUGGCUGCUGGUCGUUUACUUGGACUCCUAUGUCAUUAUGGAGAAUCUGCGCUUUUUGCUGGCCCACUAUUCACCCUCGCAGGAAAUAUAUUUUAGUGCCCAACAUGAGGCCCAAAUCUAUGCCCAUGUGGGUCAGGUCACCACCACCGAUUAUAUCUUCAGUUGGGAGGCAUUUGUGCAGUUGGCCACAAGGAACUGCCUGCAGGACGAGAUUUUCCUCAGGGAGUGCUUGCAGCGAAUGAAAAAGGCUCCCAGCGAAGCCCUCCUGUCUUUUAACGUCCCCGAUGAGCUGAUCCCUUACACUUUGCGCAACAAUUUUUGGCUCUGGCCCUGCGCCUUUCGAGCUGCCUACGAGAAUCAGAGCUUGGAGGGCUGUUUUGGAGGAGCGAUACUGUUUCCAUAUUGCAGUGCCAUGCAAAUGUAUACCCUGGAGUUUUCGCUCUAUCACCUGCGACCCUAUGGCCAUGUAAAUCCCCUGCCGGAACUGAGUUCUUCAAGUUUUCCCAUGACCAUUGCAUCUAGGCCAUUAAACGAUCGGCUGGCCAGGUAUAUGUAUCGGUCGGUUAGGAUAAUCUGCCUAGUGCUGUCCUGCCCCAAGACGUACAUGAGUGGCGUGAAAGCAGUUAGCGAGACCUGGGGUCGCCACUGCAACCGAGUGGUUUAUUAUGCUGGCUCUUCCCAAACCACUUUGUCUGGGGUGGAGAUCGUGGGUCUGAAUGUCAGCGAUGCUCGCAUAAAUCUGUGGGGCAAGACAAAGGCAGCCUUUCACCAUGCCUAUAAGAAUUAUGGUCACGAGGCGGAGUGGUUCUAUAAGGCUGAUGACGAUACCUAUGCCAUAAUGGAGAAUAUGCGUAAAAUGCUUAAGCCCUACUCGCCCCAUAAUCCCAUUUAUUUUGGGUCCCCGUUCAAGUUAAGAUCCAAUCUUUAUAUGUCCGGAGGAGCUGGGUAUGUCCUCAGCAAAAAGGCUGUGAAGAUUUUGGUUCGCGGGGCAGCCAAGAAUUGCAGGCCAGGAGAUCAGGGCACCGAGGACUUGGAUAUGGGCAUAUGUCUACGGCUAUUAAAUGUGCAAUUCGGCGAUUCCAGAGAUAUUUUCGGUCGACAUCGGUUCUUUUCACUUUCCCUGGAACACUUUCUUAUACCUGAUCGAGAUGAUGAAGACUUUUGGCUUAAGGAAUAUCUCUAUCAAACAAUUGGAACGGGAAUGGAAUGUUGUUCCACCUAUUCAAUUUCAAUACACAACGUAUCACCCUACCAAAUGCAUUUUUUUGAAACGAUUUUGUAUAAAAACCGACCAUAUGGACUUAUUGCUGGGCAUCCUCCGUCACGAAGUUCAAGAAAAAAUGGAAGCAGCAGUAUAGCUUAUGAUGUUUUAAUUUAG